UAACCCGCGAACACAAGCCAAACGGCGGGAAGGAUAGUAACAAAAGCCGAUCAAGUGCUCUUGGCUCUUUUACAAGGGGUAUAUGAUUACCAUAUGGCCAGGAGGUGCCGGUGUGAGUGCGCGCAAGCUCGCUUCAGUUAAUGGAGCCAGUCUAGAGGACUUGUUGAGGCGCAGAGGGACGAGCGUUUUUAACCCUCCCCCCACCUCUCUCCAAGUCAGCUCUCAGCCCAGCUUCCCCCUCCUGCACACCUGUGAAAACUCGCCAUCAGAACAUCUUCGAGAUAGUCUGGGACCGAUCUGAGCCACUGUAAGUAAGGCUACGUUGCAGUGCUACCUGGGAUCAAUCAUGCGUGUGGUCAUAUCCUUGGCGUUCCUUCUCACCGCCUGCUGGGCCAGGCCAUUUGAACAGAUGGACUUCCUCGAAUUCAUGCUGGAGGACGAAGGCUCUGCUUUUCCCCCGGAUGACGUUAUGCCCAUGUGUCCUUUUGGCUGCCAGUGCCAUCUACGAGUGGUUCAGUGUUCUGACCUGGGUCUCUCCACCGUCCCAGAGAACAUUCCCAAAGAUACCACCAUGCUUGACUUGCAGAAUAACAAGAUCACAGAGAUAAAGGAAAAUCACUUCAAGAAUCUGAAGAACCUUCACGCCUUAAUCUUGGUUAACAACAAGAUCAGCACAGUUCAUCCCAAAGCUUUUGCCCCUCUGGUAAAGUUACAGAGACUGUACCUGUCCAAGAACCUUCUGAAGGAGAUCCCAAUCAACAUGCCUUCCUCGCUCCAAGAGCUGCGUGUCCACGAGAACGAGAUCACCAAAGUGAAGAAGAACACCUUUGACAAUCUGUCAGAGGUCUACGCCUUGGAAAUGGGCAGCAACCCCCUGAAGAACUCUGGCAUUGACAGUGGGGCUUUUAAGGGCCUGAAGAAGCUUUCCUUCAUUCGACUGUCAGAUUCCGAUCUGACAGCAAUUCCCAAAGACCUCCCAAGUUCCCUGUCUGAAAUUCAUCUGGAUGGUAAUAAAAUCACUCGGGUGAAAGCUGAUUCUCUGAAGGGUCUCCACAACUUGGUCAGGCUGGGUCUGAGCUUCAAUGAGAUUGCCACUGUGGACAAUGGUUCCCUCGACAACGCACCGUACCUGCGAGAGCUGCACAUGGACAACAAUGCCCUUCUCAGAGUGCCCGCUGGCCUGGCCGACCAUCGAUACAUACAGGUGGUUUACCUCCACAACAACCUGAUUAUGAGUGUGCACGUUAACGACUUCUGUGGCCAGGAUUACUACGCCAAGAAGAACUUGUACUCAGGGAUUAGCCUCUUCAACAACCCUGUCCCUUACUGGGAGAUCCAGCCAAUCACGUUCCGCUGUGCCACGAAUCGAGCGGCCAUCCAGCUCGGCAACUUCAAGUAAAGGUUGCCCCAGGCCUCCCCAGACCCCGUCGUCUGCGAGAAGGAAACGCUGAAUAUCUCUCGCAUGAUGCCUUUGAAAACAAAAGUCCCGAGAACGAUCAUUAGAUUCAACCCUGGCUUAAUCCCAAAAGGCAACUGCUACUAAAACAACCUCCAUUAUUCUCAGAUAGUUCUAGAAACUUGCACCUCCUCACUCUUUGUCCUCUUGCCUGUCAGCGUACUCUACCGCGCACGGGCAUGUCUCUGUCACGCGGUCCGAUUGCGGUCCACCACCAGCGAGUAAUUUAUUGUCCACUGUGGUGACUAUCUGGCAGUCAGACGCUGUACGUCAUGGUUCCUCUUUACCGUCCCAGGACAAUGAGCCAUUUCAUCAUCCUCGGAAGCAUAACUUCAGCAAACUUAUAACAGAACCCCGUUAGACUUCCUUCUGUCCUUGUUUCACAGUGAGAGUCUUUGCGCACGCUGGAAAGGGGGAGGUGAGCACGGGUUUUGACUGUCAAUUUUCUUUUUGUAAACUCUCUGUAUCAUAAACAGCAUGUCGGUGCUUAUGCAUCCAAAGUGAUACCAAGACUAAAUAUAUUUUAAG